AUGGCUGUGUCGCGCGCCAGGGCCGUUGCUUCAACCCCAACUUUGCUGUGGGCAUCGUCAGCCAGAGCCUCAGCCUGCCCGUCGAACUACCGUGGAUGCCGCUUUGCGCGGCUUCCCAAGCUUCAUCUGUUUGAACCGUCGCCGCCGCCGCCGCCGCAAUCGAGGGCCAGGGCCAUCCAUUCAUCUCGCGCGUCGUCUUCGUCGUCGUCGUCGUCUUCCUCCUCCUCCUCCUCCCAGUCGAGCAGGGCUUCGUCCCCCCCCCGCCCCAAAUUCAGCUACCACAUCGCCGCCUCCUUUACCGGCAAAGACGGCCCUUACGAUGCCUCGUCCCACGUCUUCCACUUCAACCCGUACAACCGGAUCCAGCCGCCGCGCGCGCGUCGGCCGUCGUCGCGCCCGGACUCGGGCCACGACGCCUUCUUCGUCAGCCGCGUCAGCGACUCCGGCUCCGUGGCCCUGGGCGUCGCCGACGGCGUAGGCGGCUGGGUCGACUCGGGCGUCGACCCGGCCGACUUCGCCCACGGCAUCUGCGACCACAUGGCCGCGUGGGCGUACGCGCACGACCCGGCGCGCCACCCGCCCCUCACGGCGCGCCGGCUCAUGCAGAGCGGCUACGAGGCCGUGUGCGGCGACCGCUCCCUGCGCGCCGGCGGCAGCACGGCGUGCGUGGGCGUCGCCGCGCCCGACGGCUCGCUCGACGUCGCCAACCUCGGCGACUCGGGCUUCCUGCAGCUGCGCCUGGGCGCCGUCAACGCCUACUCGCUGCCCCAGACGCACGCGUUCAACACGCCCUUCCAGCUGUCCCUGGUGCCGCCCGGCCUGGCCGCCCGCAUGGCCGCCUUUGGCGGCGCCCAGCUGUGCGACCUGCCGCGCGACGCCGACGUCUCGCAGCACCGCCUGCGCCACGGCGACGUCCUGCUCUUCGCCACCGACGGCGUCCUCGACAACCUCUUCAACCACGACAUCCUGGGCGUCGCCACCGCCGUCAUGCUUUCCACCGGCGCCUGGCAGCGGACGACGUCGGGGGGCGUGCGCGUCGCCCACUCGCUCGACGCGCUGACUGGCUUCUUCGCCGCGGCAGAUGCGGACGCCGCCCGGGGGCCCAGCAGCGUCCGAGCCGCCUCGAGGAAAGCCAGAUCCACGCUGCAGAGCCUGCUGGCCACGGAGAUAGCCGGCGCCGCCAAAGCCGCCAGCGUCAACGCCAAACUCGACGGGCCCUUUGCCAAGGAGGUCCGGAAAUACUACCCGCACGACCCGUGGCGCGGCGGCAAAGUCGACGACAUUUGCGUCGUCGUGGCAGUUGUGUCGGAAGACUCUGGCGCCGCUCCAAGCAAGCUGUAG